AUGACGCAAUUCCGCUUUGCUGGGAACUUAGUGGACGGUCUGAAACGUAGAGCGCGGCUUUCGCUGGCGUUUCGCGGCUUCGGAGACCGGCAUGGCAUCUUCACGAGCCUCUUCCACGGCAACCAAAACUAAAGCACCUGAUGACUUAGUCGCUCCAGUUGUGAAAAAGCCGCACAUCUAUUAUGGAAGUUUGGAAGAGAAGGAAAGGGAACGCCUUGCCAAGGGAGAGUCUGGGAUUUUGGGAAAAGAAGGACUUAAAGCAGGCAUUGAAGCAGGAAAUAUUAAUAUAACUUCUGGAGAAGUGUUUGAAAUUGAAGAGCACAUCAGCGAGCGACAGGCGGAAGUGUUGGCUGAGUUUGAAAGAAGAAAGCGAGCCCGACAAAUCAACGUUUCCACAGAUGACUCAGAAGUCAAGGCUUGCCUCAGAGCCUUGGGGGAACCCAUCACACUUUUUGGAGAGGGCCCUGCUGAAAGAAGAGAAAGGUUAAGAAAUAUUCUCUCUGUGGUUGGUACUGAUGCCUUGAAAAAGACAAAAAAAGAUGAUGAGAAAUCUAAGAAGUCCAAAGAAGAGUAUCAGCAAACCUGGUACCAUGAAGGACCAAACAGCCUGAAGGUAGCUAGACUAUGGAUCGCUAAUUAUUCCCUGCCCAGGGCAAUGAAGCGCUUGGAAGAGGCCCGUCUCCACAAAGAGAUUCCUGAGACAACUAGAACAUCCCAGAUGCAAGAGCUGCACAAAUCCCUCCGGUCUUUGAAUAAUUUCUGCAGCCAAAUUGGGGAUGAUCGGCCUAUCUCCUACUGUCACUUUAGUCCCAAUUCCAAAAUGCUGGCCACAGCUUGUUGGAGUGGGCUUUGCAAGCUCUGGUCUGUUCCUGACUGUAACCUCCUUCACACUCUUCGGGGCCAUAAUACAAAUGUAGGAGCAAUUGUAUUUCAUCCCAAGUCCACUGUCUCAUUGGACCAAAAAGAUGUCAACCUGGCUUCUUGUGCUGCUGAUGGUUCUGUAAAGCUUUGGAGUCUUGACAGUGAUGAACCAGUGGCAGAUAUUGAAGGCCACACAGUGCGUGUGGCCCGAGUAAUGUGGCAUCCAUCAGGACGUUUCUUGGGCACCACCUGCUAUGAUCGUUCAUGGCGCUUAUGGGAUUUGGAGGCUCAAGAGGAGAUCCUGCAUCAGGAAGGCCACAGCAUGGGUGUAUAUGACAUUUCCUUCCAUCAGGAUGGCUCUUUGGCUGGCACUGGGGGACUGGAUGCUUUUGGUCGAGUUUGGGACCUGCGUACCGGACGUUGCAUCAUGUUCCUAGAAGGCCACCUAAAGGAAAUCUAUGGAAUAAGUUUCUCCCCUAACGGCUACCAUAUUGCCACUGGUAGUGGUGACAACACCUGCAAAGUGUGGGACCUUCGACAGCGGCGUUGCAUCUAUACCAUCCCUGCCCAUCAGAACUUAGUGACUGGGGUCAAGUUUGAGCCUAUCCAUGGGAACUUCCUGCUCACAGGCGCCUAUGACAAUACAGCCAAGAUCUGGACCCACCCAGGCUGGUCCCCACUGAAGACGCUGGCAGGCCAUGAAGGCAAAGUGAUGGGCCUGGACAUUUCUUCCGAUGGGCAGCUCAUAGCCACUUGCUCAUAUGAUAGGACCUUCAAGCUCUGGAUGGCUGAAUAGGCAAGGCCAUGGGAGAAGAACUCACCUCAAGCUGCCCCUUAGGAGCCAUUUUCCUCAAAAGAAAAGAAUUGAUGUAUUUUAUUUUGUUCUAUCAUGUUUCCUGCCAAUUACCAUGUAAAGGUGCUCAAUAGAAUUGAUUUUCAUGUCAACUCCCAAACAGGGAGCCUAGUCCCUACAUGAUGGCAAACCCCUUUCGUGGUUGAAAAUUUAAUUCUCAUCCUCAGGCCCUGCCAAGAACUGUGUAGACAUUGUUUUUAUUAAUUUUUGUUUAAAUGUUCUACCACCUUCCUCACAGCACUCAGAAUUGUGACUACUCUGCAUUUUUAGUUCUCAAAAACUUGCCUUUCCGUGGUACAUGCUUCAUGACUGCAUGUGUUCCAUCCGGCAAGUCAGGGGGCCGGACUGUGUUCCAGAAGCGCCGGCAUAGCGAGGAGCAUCUCGUCACUCGCUGGUUGAACAAUGCCUGACCUGACAGUGAGCCCCUUUCCUCUCCUUGAAAAAGAGGGGAAGCAGCAGGCUGCAGCUAAGCUGGUGAUGGUGCAGGAAAGAAGACUGGACACUUGCUGUGGAAUGCACUUGAAAUGCUGACUGCACCAGGAAACUCAGAACCAAACAUUCGCUUGGUCAGAGAAUGUUUUCCAUUUUGCUUUAAGUUUGGUGUCCUUCCUGUUACCCUAAAGCACAGCCAUUGUGUCAGGAUUCAAAGAAAUUUUUGAAAUUGUACAGCUCUCUUGUACAGCUUCCUUUCAGGUGGUUAAAGGAUAUAAUUCGUAUAUUAAGAGUACUUCAUGUCAAAAUAACUGGAAAAAUCCCGAAUGGGCAUUCCUAAACAUGCACGUUCUUGUUUUUUACAUACUUGCUAAGAGCGAAAUCCUACCAUAAAAAACCAUUCCUUAAAAAA